AUGCCUAAUAUUCUAUUUUUCAAAGAUACUGACUCUGAACUUAAAUCGUUACAACAAUCAAUAUCGAGUGAAUGGCUCCAUCUAUUGCAAGUAUUUCGUGAUUUUUCUCAAGGUAACGGUUUAAUUUCAAUUUUGGGAACUAACGUAGAAAUGAAGCUUGGAGAAGCAGGUAUUAAUGGUCGUGUUCUUAUUCUCCCCAAAACGUACAAUAAUGGAACUUGUUCAUGUGCUACUUCAAUUGGAAUGGCAUAUAAAUUACGUCGUCAUUUCAAAUCAUCACGAGUAUCAUCAAGCUAUUAA